GACGUAUUGAUGGGUCGCAAUGGAUUACGACUUCAAAGCGAAGCUCGCGGCCGAGAGGGAGAGGGUAGAGGAUCUGUUCGAAUAUGAAGGUUGCAAAGUGGGUCGAGGCACCUACGGGCACGUUUAUAAAGCUAAGCGCAAAGACGGGAAAGAUGAGAAGGAGUAUGCACUGAAACAAAUAGAGGGCACUGGGAUAUCGAUGUCUGCCUGCAGGGAGAUCGCUCUUUUACGAGAGCUGAAGCACCCGAACGUCAUUGCCCUGCAGAAGGUGUUCCUGUCUCACAGCGACAGAAAGGUUUGGCUCCUCUUCGACUACGCCGAACACGACCUGUGGCACAUUAUCAAGUUCCACCGCGCCUCCAAGGCCAACAAGAAGCCCAUGCAGCUGCCCCGUGGGAUGGUUAAGUCCCUCCUGUAUCAGAUUCUGGACGGGAUCCAUUACCUCCAUGCCAACUGGGUGCUCCACAGGGAUCUGCACUCCAGUUCCCGUCUUGCUUACCAAAGCAACGUCCAAAGUUCAGCCCAGUCGCAGAGCACCAUGGGAUACUCCUCAUCGUCCCAGCAGAGCUCCCAGUACUCCCACCAGACCCACCGCUACUGAGCAGUCACUCCAACCAGCAGAGGAGUCACCGCAUUCGCUCUCUCCUUGCUCUUCUUCUCC